UCACAGGCGCGCGCCGCAGGCAUGGCGAAGCGCCGGGAAGAACAAGCCGGUCGCCGAUCCGAAUUGGGGGGAAAAGCGUGUAAACCAGAUUGGGGCUGCUCCGCUUUGCCUAUAUGCAAAUAUCGGAGGAAAUUAGUAGAAGCUGUCCGGGGAAAUCCUUUUCUGGUGGUCACAGGCGAGACCGGAAGCGGGAAAACCACCCAGCUUCCCAAAUAUUUAUUUGAAGAAGGUUUCACCAAGCAGGGUGCGAUUGCCGUGAUGCAGCCACGGCGCAUGGCUGCCAUCUCCGUGGCCCAGAGGGUGGCGGAAGAGAUGAGCUGCCCUCUAGGAAGCAUUGUGGGGUACCAGGUCCGCUUUGACGAGUGUGUCUCCGAGGAAACCUCCAUCAGGUACAUGACCGACGGCUGCUUGCUGAGGCAGAUUUUAGCAGACCCACUUCUGACCAGAUACAGCGUUGUGAUCCUGGACGAAGCCCAUGAGAGGAGCCUGAGCACGGAUAUCCUGUUUGGUUUGCUGAAGCAGCUGUUCCAGAAGGGAAAGCCACUGGAGAGAAAGUCUCCCCUGAAGGUCGUGGUCAUGUCGGCCACGUUGGACACGGAGAAGUUCUCAGAGUUCUUCGAUGGCUGCUUGGUGGUGGAAAUCCCCGGGAGGACUUAUCCCGUCAAGGAGAUCUUCUGCGGUCUUUUAGGGCCCCGGGAUGCCAGCAGCUCUUCGUACGUCACAGAGACCGUCAAAGUCACCUUGGACGUCCACUUGAACGGUGCGGCGGGAGACAUCCUGGUGUUUCUGACUGGCCAGUCUGAAAUCGAGAGAACUUGUGAGUUACUUUUCCAAAAGGCUGAGGCCAUCGAUUAUCGCUUCGAUGUGAGGGACAGCUCCGUCGAAGGACUGCUCAUCCUGCCGUUGUACGGAUCAAUGCCGACAGAUCAGCAGCGGAGGAUAUUUCUGCCACCUCCCCCAGGGAUCAGAAAAUGUGUGGUGGCCACCAACAUUGCCGCUACCUCUUUGACUAUCGAGGGAAUCGGGUUUGUCGUCGACAGCGGAUUUGUGAAGCAAUUGAACCAUAACCCCCGUGUGGGCUUGGAUAUGUUGGAAGUGGUUCCCAUUUCAAAAAGUGAAGCAUUGCAGCGAGCAGGCCGAGCGGGCCGGACCGCCUCUGGGAAAUGCUACCGGGUGUACAGCGAGGCAUUUUGGGAGCAGUGUAUGCCUGACCACAUGGUGCCGGAGAUCCAGCGCACCAGCUUGACCUCUGUGCUUCUGACUUUGAAGUGCCUGGGUAUCCAUGAUGUCAUAAGGUUUCCGUACCUUGACCGCCCGGAAGAGAGGCGCGUCCUAGAGGCUUUGAAGCAGCUUUAUCAGUGCAGCGCUAUUGACAGGAGAGGCCACGUGACCAAACUGGGCGAGUUUAUGGUGCGGUUUCCGCUGCCUCCGAAUCUGACUGGCGCUGUCCUCAAGGCGGCCUCUCUAGGCUGCGAAGAUUUGCUGCUCCCUAUCGCCGCCAUGUUGUCGGUGGAGAAAGUCUUCAUUCGCCCAGGCGAUCCUGAAAAACAGAAGGAAGCCGAGCUGCGGCACAGAAAGCUCGCUGCGCAAGUGGGAGGAUGCAAUGACUUUGCGACUCUUCUGAACAUCUUCGAACAGUGCAAAUUAAGCAAAUCGCCAGCAGGUUGGUGUCAGGAAAACUGGGUCCACUGGCGAGCGGUGAAGCUGGCGUUUAGUGUGGAGGAACAGCUUCGGGAAAUCACCAGCAAGGUUAAACAGCUGCCGGACUUUCCGAGAGAGCGCUUCGAAGGUUCCAGAAAUGAAAUUCUCAGGAGAUGCCUCUGCGCGGGUUACUUCACCCACGUCGCGAGAAGAUCCGUCGGGAAGUCCUUCUGCACCAUGGAUGGCCACGGCAGCGUGGUCUACAUCCACCCUUCGUCAGCGCUCUGUGAUCAGGAAGCCCAGCUGGAAUGGAUCCUUUUCCACGACGUCUUAGUGACCUCCAGGAUUUACUUGAGGACCGUCUGCCCCAUUCGCUACGAGUGGGUCCAGGACCUGCUGCCUCGGCUUCACGAGAUUGACGCUUACGAGCUGAGCAGCAUGGCUCGGGAGGAAGUGACAGAGGAGGAACUGUCCAGGUGGAGGAACAAGGAGGACUUUGAAAGGCGGAACGAGUCUUUACUUUCAGAAAAUGCAGCGGAUGAGCCGGCACGAAAAAUGGAGAAAAGGAACGAUGACCGGUCCAUACAGGAUGCUCGGGCGCGUUACCUGGAGAGGAAGCAACAGAGAAUGCAGGAAGUAAAUGCCUCUGUGAAAGGGACAGGCUAGCCCAGCAGCUGCGGACUUAGGUGGCAUCACGCAGUCCCUGUUACCUGCCAUGAUGUGCUUGGUUUAAGCCAGCCAUACUGGAGCUGGUGGGUGCAAAGAUGGGGGACUCUAGGACGCGGGAGAGCCUGAGUGGUCACCAGGUAAUCUUUAUUAGGGUGAAGCUAUAAGUCUGAGAGCCCGUGGUCGAAUGAGCUGGGUGGUGUGUCCGUACCUGGUUUUAGUUCAAACCUCAAAAGGGAUGGCACGGUGCAGCGGCGCAUUUGGGCACAGGGCUCAGCAUCUUGGAGUGUUCCUGCAAAGUUCGGACCAAAAGCCGGAAGCGAUUCAGCGCCUCCCCCGGCUGGGAAAUGCCGCUGCUGGUGUCAAGGUUUAUUACAUAAUGGCUGAAGUCCCAUCUGUACUAGAAACGUAAAAGAGUUUAUGUGCCGUGGUGUGUUCUGUCCUCCGUUGUCAGAUGCUCUGAAUCCUGGGAAUGGUAGUUAAGUGAGGAGAAGAGUUCCCAGAUUUUUCGGAGGGGAAGCCUGGACCAUUAAACAAACAAACCCAAUUAUAGUUAUUUAAGUUGACAUCAGUAGCAAGGUCAGUGUGAUGAUUCUCUGACUGAAGAGAGUGCCAUUCAAAUAAGCUCCGAUAGCUUUCCUUGCUUCCACAAGCCACUUCAAAACCUUUUCAAUAUCAAUACAUUUAAAUAUUAAUACGCUAUAUGUAUGGUGGGGUAUUUUUUUUUUGAUCCUACAUUGAGCAUCCAUUUUUUCUUUGGUGCACUUAGGAUUCCCCCUGCAAGGACAGAAACGCUGAUCUUUUUUUAAGCCCCCUGUGUAAGAAGGAUGUUUAAUAAGCUUCUAUCACCUCUUCAUCCUCGCCCACUGUGCCACAGGAUUAUAUACACUGCUGUAUUUCUCUGCAGCGGCUGCUCUGGGACUUUUCAAACAUUGCCAAAGAAAGAUGAUGGCGCUAAUUCCUGUAACCUACGUUGUAAAAGUUGGAUGGCUCAAAUUGAGCUCCUGGGUCUGCAGAUUGUAUGUGUAUUUUAAUACCCUUGCUCGCAGUUUGUAUCACUCCUGAAAUAUUCCUUUAGUGGAAGAAAGAGACCUUUUGCAAAAAG